AUGAUCGUCGGCCGUAUAGUAGCUUACAUUUACAUUGGCAUGGAGCUGGCUCUUGUUCCCGUGUUACAAUCAGAAUUGGCACCGGCUGAAGUGCGCGGCUUUGUUGUUGGGACCUACCAGCAAGGAGUGAUGAGUCAGGAAGCUUCAGGAACCUUUUUGAAGGCACUUACCGGUCAGAACUUCAGCUCCAUCUAUGGCACAAUUUUUAUCCAGUCUCUGGGCACUGUCAAUCCCUUUGCCAUGUCGUGUGUCUCAACCGCCACUGGCUUAUUUAUGGUUCUCGUCACACAGCUCAUUAGUGAUAAGACCGGUAGAGUACCUUUGUUGGUAUCUGGAGCUGUUAUCCAGACUGGUGCGCUUCUUACAAUGGGCGGGCUCGGGACUAUACCGGACCCGUCUGACAGUAUCAAGAGCGGCAUCGUUUCCGUGUCAAUCCUCUUUGGCGCCGGCUUCUGCCUUGGAUGGGCACCGCUCUCGCAUGUUGUGGCAGCUGAGAUUCCCACCAAUGCGCUGCGGGAUCUUACGUAUGCGUUCGGGUCGGUCUUCAACAUAACAAUUCAGUUCGCAGUGUCCUUCAGCAUUCCAUACCUUCUAAGCCCAGUGUAUGCCGGGCUUGGGUCAAAGGUUGGCUUCAUAUUUGGAUCCACAUCCUUCUUCGCCAUUCUUUUUGCCUGGUUCUGUAUUCCAGAAUGCGGCGGCAAGACUUUAGAAGAGAUAGACGAGCUAUUCUUGCGCGGAGUACCUGUAAGAAAUUUCCGCACCGCUAGGACUGAAGCGCGGGGCGCAGACUCUGAAAGACACGGCGAUAGUGAAGGCGGUGGUAAUGAUGAAAGCAUCACCAAGGAGAUCAGAGUUCAGUGA